AUGGAUAAUUUUGCACGUCUGGCUGUCAUCCAGGGGCUUAUUCCUGCUGCGCAGAACACCCAGCCUCGGGUCGGUGACGAUCGCAGACGCUAUGCUGUUUAUUUCUCUUCGAGGCCCAGUUUGCUCCCGAAGGCUAGCGAGACCGAUGCAGGAAGUACUUGGACUUUCUCCGCGUCGGAAUUGCCUCGUUCUGGAAGCUCUGGAAGCUCCAACAAUACUAGUGUUGAAAGCGGGGUCAUGACGCCUGCAAAACGGAUUGUCGAUAGUUACCGAGCUCGUCAUUCACUGGAACAGAUCAGCCAGACUUCUUCUGGUUCCAGUUACUCAUCAGAAUACUCGCAAACUAAUUCGUCGAACAAGUCGUCUCCGUUCGAAUCGCGUCCCUUCCCGACAGGAACCUUGAAACCGAAGUUACGACGCUCGCGCCACGAAGCUCUGCUUACUGCUUUGCAGGAAGCGCAAAAUAUCGCCAAUGUGCGUAACCUUGGACCUCACGAAACGAUUGCAUGCCCUCGUUCGGGGUGUCACGACUUGCUUCCUGGUAUACAUGCCUUGGCUUAUCAUCUAGACAUACACGAUAUACAUGACUGUACUAUCGGUUGUAAUCGCUGCAAAGAUCGUUUUGAAGAUCAGACGGCACUCCGUCUACAUCAAUGCAACAAGUCCCAUGUUUUUGCUCUUCCGUCCAUCUCUGCGUUCCCUCUUCGCUACGGAUUCCAGAAAGUUGUUGCCUUAUUACACAAAACGCUCUGA